GCUCAGUUAGAUCCCGUCGGGUUUGUUUAGCUUCCGGGGGUUCGGCAUGGACGGGGAUGAGACUGUGCCGAUGGAGUGUCAGGAGGGCCAGGAGGGCCAGGAGGGCCAGGAGGGCCAGGAGGGUCAGGAGGGCCAGGAGGGCCAGGAGGGUCAGGAGGGCCAGGAGGGCCAGGAGGGCGGCCAGGAGCGCCAGGAGGGCCAGGAGAGCGCAGCACCUGAGGCGACCAACGGCACAGCCCCGCCAGAGAAGAAGAAGAGAGGUCGGCCAAAGGAUCUGAAUGCCCCUCCCAGACCACAGACCCCAAAGUCGCGAGUUCAAGCUCCAGAACGGGAGAGGAUCAAGCAGGAGAGGCCUGAGCUGACCAAGGACCUCAAGGCCAUGAUGGAAGCGCUCAACAAGGUUUGGGAGGAGGCUCCUCAAGAGGAGAAAGACCGCUUGCAGAAGGAGUACGAUGCAGAGAUGGAGAUUUGGCGGCCAAAAUGGGACGCUUACAGAAAGACAGACUCCUACAAGGAGUUCUGCAUCGAAAAGCAGGACUACAAGGAUCGGAAGGAGAAGAAGAAAUUCCUCAAAGCUGAGUCAAAGAAAGCGCCAAAGAGGCCUAAAUCGGGCUACGGUCUUUACUCAGAUGAAGCGCGUGAUCGCGUAAAGGAGGCAGUGAUGGCUGCUGGCGGCGGCAUGGGCGACAUCGGCAAAAGGAUUUCCGAGGAGUGGAAUGCGCUGUCAGAGGCCAAGAAGGCCGAGUAUCAGGAAGUUGCGCAAAAGCAGAAAGAGGAGUUUCAGGUGAAGUUUGCCGAGUACAAGAUGACCGAUGACUGGAAGGAGUUCCAGACCAAGAAGGCCAAGAUGGACGGCAGACAUGCGCUGAACAAGCUGCAACGCACUACAUACAAGGAGGCACCGCCGAAGCCAGCCAACGCUUUCAACCUUUUCAAGAACAAGUACAUGAAGCAGGUGCAGGAGGAGAAGAAGGGCGCUAGUGCUGGGGAGUUGAGCAAGGCCCUGGGCGAGAAAUGGAAGAACACCCCGCCGGAAGAGCGCGCACCCUUUGAGAAGGAGGCGAAUGCUCUGAAGGAAGAGUUCCGCAAGAAAAUGGUGGAGUUCAAGCGCCAGAAGUCAUACGUCAAGUUCCUGCAGAAGCGCGUGGUGGUAAAGAACAAGGAAAACCGCCUCGUGAACCUCAACACGAUGCCGAAGAAGCCGAAGAGUGUGUAUGCCCUCUUCCGGGAAGACAUUAAGGAGGAGGUGCCGGCUGGCAAAGGCGAAGGCAAGGGCAUGAAGUUUGUGAAGAACAAGUUCGAGGAAAUGGACGAGGAGGCGAAGCAGAAAUAUAAAGAGAAGGAGGCAGAGUUGAAGCAGAAGUACAACGAGGAGGUGAAAGACUUCAAGGAAGGCACCACUUUCAAGGAGUUUAAGAAGACGGAGGAGAAGAUAAAGAGGGAGAUGAUGACCGAGGCCAUGAAAGUCAUGACCCUGAAGUUCCUCAACGACGCACCUGCGGAGCCUCCCAGGAAUCCUUUCUCCAUUUUCGUGGGCGAGAAGAGGAAAGCAUCGGUGGAGGAGGCGGGCGAGCCCAAGAAGAAGAAGAGCAAGCAGGAGGCGAAGGAUGAGGUAGCUGCAUUCAAGGCCGAGUGGGGCAAGCUUGACAAGGACAUGAAGAGCGUGUAUGAUGAGAAGCAGAAGGAAGCCAGAAAGAAAUGGCAGGAAGAGGUCAAAGCCUACAUGGAGCUUCCUAAGUGGCAGGAGUAUGUCGAAGAAGCCAAGGCACUAAGGGUUCCGGUGCGAGGCCUUCUUUCAAAGAAGAAGAAGUCGAUCAAAAAGCUGAAGAAUGGAAUGAAGCUGCUGCCACUGCCUGACCGGCCCGAGACAAUGCCGUCCAAGCCCCCCAAGGCUAAGCGCAUCUUCUUCCAGGAGAAGCGGAAAGAGGUGGAAGAUCCUGCCAAACUUAGUGAAAUGUGGGAUGCCUUGACAGAGGAGGAGAGAAAGGUCUGGGAUAAGAAGGCCGCAGAUCUGGAGAUGGAAUACCAGGAGGAGCUGAAGGCGUUUCACGAGAGCGACGAGGGCAGGGAGUUCCUCAAAAGGAUGUCGCAAGUCAGGAGGAGUCGUGCGUGUGCCGUGGCAAAGGACAAGCACCUUGCAGGAGUGCAGGUGCCCAAAAAGCCGCCUGGCGCCCUGGACUUGUAUGGCCGGGAGAAGGUGAAGGAGCUUAAGAAGGCGAAGCCCGAGCUCAAGGGAGCUGACUUGAAGAAGGAGAUCACCGAGUGCUGGAAAGCAUUCAGUGACGAGGAGAAGACAGUCUACCAAGACAAGGCGAAGGGUAUGCAGCAGGAGUAUGAGGAGAAAUUGCGAGCUUUUAAAGAGACGGAGAACUUCAAGAGUUACCAAGCCGCAAUGCGGAAGUUCAUGAAGUCGAACAAGAAGCCGCAGGGCAAAGGCGGCGGCAAAGGGAAGCCCAAGGCCAAUCUUCCAGCGCCGCCGCCAAAGCCAGAGUCCAUGCCGGCAAAGCCGGGGCAUGCUUUGAAGCUCUACAUGAAGGAGCAGGCCGGCUCUGGUAAGAAGAUACCGGAGAUGGCGUCAGCAUUCAGGGAGCUGCCAGAUGAGGAGAAGGCACGCUUCAAAGAGAUGGCCGAAACGCAAUUGAAGGAGUAUGAGGAGAAGAUGGAGGAGUGGCUAAAGACGGACGAAGGUAAGAAGUACGCAAGGGAUACCAAGAAUGUUCAGAAGAGGAGAAAAGUGGCAAUUGCCAAAGACAAGUUUCUCAAGGAUGAGCCAAAGAAGCCGCCCACACCCCUUGCCAUUUUCUCCCAAGAGAAGCGCGGGGAGUUUGCGGAGAAGUUCCCAGAGAGCAAGGGCCUGAUGUUGAACAGCAAGAUCGCCGAGGCCUUCCGAGGACUGUCCGAAGACGAGAGGAAGGAAUGGGAUGACAAGGCAAAAGGAAAGCAGGACGAAUACGAAGAGAAGAUGGAGGAGUUCAAGAAGACGCCGGAGUACAAGAAGUAUCAGUCGGCAGUGAGGUCGACAAGGCCAGCGCCCAAAGGCAAAGCCAAAGCGAAGCCAAAGGGCCCCCCGGUGCCGGACACGAUGCCUAAGAAGCCACCUGCCGCCAUGAUGCUGUUCAUGAAGGCCAACAAGGGCGGCGGAAAACUUCAGCAGCAGGUGGAGGCCUGGAAGGCACUGGACGCAGAGGAGCAGAAGAAGUUCAAGGAUGAAGCCAAGGAGAAAAUGGAGCAGUAUGAAGAGGACAUGGCAGAAUUCCGAAAGAGCGCUGAAGGCAAGAAGUACUACCGGCUUCAGGCCGCAGCUGGCAAGAAAAGCCGUGUGGAGCAGGCACGGCAGAAAUACCUUGGCCAGGAGGAUGCCCCCAAGGCGCCAAAGAUGCCCCCUGGUGCGUAUCAGCUUUUCGUGCAGGAUAAGCGGCCUACGCUUGCGGGCAAGAGCAUGCAAGAAGUCGCCAAGGAGCUCAGUGCACUGUGGAGUCAGUGCUCCGCAGAGGACAAGAAGCCCUUCGAGGAGAAGGCAGCAGAGCUGAAGGAAGACUAUGAAGAGAAGUUGAAGGAGUACAAAAACUCCGAUGCGUACAAGCAGUUUGACAAAGCUCAAAAGUCCAUCCAAAAGACUCAGGGAAGCCGAAAGCCAAAGUCCAAGGCCAAGCCCAGGAAGGCGAAGGCCAAGGCGAAGCCCAAAGCCAAGGCCGGACGCAAGCCAAAGGCAGCUGCAACGAAGGCGGACAGCGACAGCGACAGUGAUGUCAUGGGCUCCGACAGUGACAGCAGCAGUAGUAGCAGCGACUCUGACUGAGCCAGACUCCGGCUUUUGUGCCGAAAUGGCUGCAGCCUUCA